GGCAAUGCCCUUGCGCGCUUUUGACACCUAAACAGGCGGUACUGUGAUAUGCGGGUUUGUUUAUAAGGACACCCAACUAGAGUGCAAACUUCCCAAAUCAACGCGAGCGCGCCAACGAAGCUUUGUAAGGGGACAACACGCUGUAGGCCAAGUAGUCUCAUCCGCAUUACCAUAGCAGCUUACAAAAGCAGAAUGGCAGAGAAAGCAUAACCCACUCGAGGGGGUUGGGCGGCGGCGCGCGGGGGCGGCCUGCCUGUGCAGGCUUGCUGCACGACUUGAUACGGCAUUCCUAGACAUCAUACUCCCAAAGCAACGUCACUUGUAAUGCAUGGCUCAAGUCAGGAGGCUCUUUCACCGGCGGCAUCAAGGACAGGCAUAGGCACAAAUAAUUGUUCCCAUCUCGAACAUCAUCAGCGCGGAAUCACUGCUUCUGCACCCCAGGCUUCCGCAGCCACGCGGGAGCUCUUCGCCGGGUUUGCGGCUGGGGCUGCAAAUGUCACGAGCGGCUAUCCGUUUGACACCGUCAAGGUGCGGCUGCAGUCUGCGCCGCCCGGCGCCUACCGCGGCGCACUGGACUGUGCGGUAAAGGUGGUGCGGUACGAGGGCCUGCGGCGGGGCCUGUUCCGCGGCCUGUCCUCGCCACUGGUGGGCGGCACGCUGGAGACAGGAGUCAAUUACCUGGUAUACUCGCGCGUGCUGGCCAUGCUGGCAUCUUCAGCGCCCUCUGCGGUGGCCGGUGGCGGUGCGGGCGGCGCUGCUGGCCCCGGCGUGACCCCGCUGAGCCACGUGGCGGUUGCGGGCGCUGUGGCGGGUGUGGCGCUGAGCUUCAUACUUGGGCCAACUGAGCUGGUCAAGUGCCGCAUGCAGGUGGCGCGCUCGUCUGCGCGCUACCCAGGCGGGCCGUUUCAGGUGCUGCAGGAGGCGGUGGCGGCUGAGGGCUGGGUGCGGGGCCUCACCCGGGGCCUGGGCGCCACACUGGCCCGCGAGGUGCCGGGCAACGCCGUGUUCUUCACAGCCUACGAGGCGGCCAGGCAAGCUCUACGUCAGACCUCCGACUUACAAGGCGCAACAACACGCCGUGCGGACCUCCAGGGGGCGUUGGCGGCAAUCCUGUGUGGCGGAGCGGCGGGCACACUGAUGUGGGCGUUGGUGCUGCCCAUUGACGUGGCCAAGACGCGGCUGCAGACCGCCAGCCCUGGAAGCCCCUGGGACGUGGGCCUGAUGCAGCAGUGGGCUAUGCUGUGGCGCGAGGGCGGCCUGCGGUCGCUGUACGCCGGCCUCACGCCCACACUGGUGCGCGCCUUCCCGGCCAAUGCCUGCCAGUGGCUGGCCUGGGAGGCCAUCAUGCGCGGCCUGGGCUGACAUGCACAAGGCGCCCAGCAGGCCGUCAGGCCGUGAAGCAGAUGGGCGCCACACGCCGCCAGCGCAGCUGCGGGAGGUCAGAACGAAUGGUCACACGGCAUGCUUGCCUGGAUGGAGAGCGCUUGGACGGAACUUGAACCGACGCUUGCUCAUUGAGUGUAGGUGGAGGAGCCAGUCGUGCAUGGCUGCCAUGGAAACAGGGUGCUGUAGUCAGGAAUUCAUAUGCCCCUGUAUGUGCCGGGAGGCAAGUAUGAGCGUACGGCACGGUAUGACGCGCAGUCGCACGCAAGCAAGGGUUGCCCAAGAAACGGCGCCGGCGCGGAGGUUGAGGCCGGCCGGUGUCUGGUUAGGGGUCUUUGCUGACGAGCUUAGAUAGCACCGCACAGUAUGUGGUAGGCCGCAGCAGUGAGGAGUGUUGUGGCUAGGGGACUUAUUGCUGUUUGGUUUGUUGCCUGCUGUGCUUGUGCUUGACAGCGGGGCGUGGCUGGACGCAUGGCGGGCCGUUUCUGUACGAACCGACCCCGGUUAUGCCCGGGAGAUGAGGUAGACGCUUGCGGCCUCAAAGGCUCAGAUUAGAGACGUGGUGUGGGCUCAGCCCACUUUUCCCUUGCGAGGGGAAACCACAUAUCUUGUCAUAGCGAGGAAGCUGCGAGCGUACGCCAACGCAUGAGGCGGAUGAAGAAGCAGCGGUGCUCGCACAGGGGAAGGGAGAGGCGAUGCCGCUCGCCAGGACAGGGGGGCCGCUUGACACGGUGUCGCGGCACAGUGAGCAGGAGUGGGCAAGCCAAAAGAGUGCGGCGGUUGACGCAGGCCGUGGAUGCAGAGUUGCUGCUGAAGCGUGCGGCGUAGCGGAAUCAGGGAAUAAAAAAAGGGGGCGAAAAUGCGGCACUGGUGAUCGCGACGACCGGGGGGCUCCCGAGCCGAAAGGGUGUCUAAUAGCGUGACGUGGCAGACGUCAAUGCCAGCGUCACCGCUUCUCCAUUGCAGUGUAAUGUCAAUCUUUA